UUUUUUUGGCUUCUAUUUCCGCAGACACAACAUUCAGUCGCCUCCUCUCUCUAACUUUCCAGUUCGAUCUCCAAAACCCUCGCGCGCCGCGCCGAACAAUGUUGAGAUCGAUCCGAUCGCUUGGACGAGGCGCCUCUGCCUCAUCGUCUCACUUCCUCCGCCGCGGCUACUCGUCGGAGUCUGCCCCCGAGCGGAAGGUCGCGGUGCUCGGCGCCGCCGGCGGCAUCGGCCAGCCGCUCGCGCUGCUCAUGAAGCUCAAUCCGCUCGUCUCCACGCUUGCCCUUUAUGAUAUUGCCGGAACCCCCGGUGUCGCGGCCGAUGUCAGCCAUAUUAACACCAGAUCUGAAGUUGCCGGAUAUGUGGGUGAGGAUCAGCUAGGGCAAGCUUUGGAGGGUUCUGAUGUUGUCAUUAUUCCAGCUGGCGUUCCGAGAAAACCUGGCAUGACUCGUGAUGACCUCUUUAACAUCAAUGCUGGCAUUGUCAAAUCACUUUGCACUGCCAUUGCAAAGUAUUGUCCGCAUGCACUUGUUAAUAUGAUCAGCAACCCUGUGAAUUCAACGGUACCAAUUGCUGCUGAGGUUUUUAAGAAAGCAGGGACAUAUGAUGAGAAGAGGCUGUUUGGAGUAACCACACUAGAUGUGGUUAGGGCUAAGACUUUCUAUGCUGGGAAGGCAAAGGUUCCUGUUGAGGGGGUUAAUGUUCCAGUUGUCGGAGGCCAUGCUGGCAUAACCAUUCUCCCAUUAUUUUCUCAAGCGACACCAAAAGCCAAUAGUUUGUCUCAUGAGGAUAUUGUGGCCCUCACAAAGCGAACACAAGAUGGAGGGACGGAAGUUGUGAAUGCAAAAGCUGGAAAGGGUUCAGCAACACUCUCAAUGGCCUAUGCUGGAGCUCUAUUUGCUGAUGCUUGCUUGAAGGGUCUUAAUGGGGUCCCACAUGUCGUAGAAUGUUCUUUUGUGCAGUCAAGCAUUACUGAGCUUCCAUUCUUUGCUUCUAAGGUGAAGCUUGGAAAGAAUGGCGUGGAGGAAGUUCUAGACUUGGGCUCACUUUCAGACUAUGAAAAACAAGGAUUAGAAAGUCUCAAACCCGAGCUUAAAGCUUCUAUUGAGAAGGGAAUCGAGUUUGCUAGCAAGAAUUGAAUGAUCUUGUAGCCUUUCAUUCAGGGUCCGCCAAAUUUUGCAAUUCUUUUUUGUGGGGGUGGUUUUCACCCCGAACUGUUGUAUCCUUCCAUGCAUGGGAGUUGGUUUGUCGCUGGAGGAGUCGUUCUUGCUCUCGCAGGAAGAGUAGGCUUAAUUGGGACUGAUUAUAUUUAGUAAUAAUGGCCGCUGGAAUGACAUGGUCAUAGCAAAUCGCAAGAACUCACGUUCAUUUU